AUGUCUCUGUGGCAUCCCAAUUUGAAGCUCUUGCUUGAUUUUCAUGGAUCUACUGGAGCUGGAGAUUCAUUCAUCGGCGCAUUUCUAAGCCAGAUUGUUGAUGAUCAGUCUGUACUCGAGGAUGAAGAGAGAUUGAGAAAAGUGUUGAGGUUCUCGAACGUUUGUGGAGCAAUCACAACGACCAAGAAGGGAGCCAUUCCAGCUCUUCCUUCAGACUCUGAAGCUCUCUGCUUUCUUGGGUUAUGA